AUGAUGUGCCAUGGAAAGUGUUACUGUGGAAACUGUUACUGUGAGGCUGGUUGGCAUGGAGAUAAAUGUGAAUUCCAGUGUGACAUCACCCCCUGGGAGAGCAAGAGAAGAUGUACAUCUCCAGAUGGCAAAAUCUGCAGUAACAGAGGAACAUGUGUAUGCGGGGAAUGCUCUUGCCAUGAUGUGGACCCAACAGGAGACUGGGGAGAUAUUCAUGGGGAUACCUGUGAAUGUGAUGAAAGAAAUUGUAGAUCAGUCUAUGAUAGAUAUUCUGAUGACUUCUGUUCAGGUCAUGGCCAGUGUAACUGUGGAAGAUGUGAUUGCAAAGUAGGCUGGUCUGGGAAAAAAUGUGAACAUCCCCUUUCCUGCCCAUUGUCUGCUGAGGAUAGCAUCAAGAAGUGCCAAGGAAGUGCCAAUCUGCCCUGCUCUGGAAGAGGGAAAUGUGAGUGUGGCCAGUGUACCUGCUACCCUCCAGGAGAUAGCAGAGUUUAUGGCAAGACCUGUGAAUGUGAUGAUCGGAAGUGUGAAGACUUGGAUGGGACUGUCUGUGGAGGCCAUGGAAAAUGCUCGUGUGGUCGCUGCAUCUGUGACAAAGGGUGGUUUGGAAAACUCUGCCAAUAUUCAAGAAAAUGCAACAUGACUGAAGAAGAAAGUAAGAGUUUGUGUGAAUCAGCAGAUGGCAUAUUGUGCUCAGGGAAGGGCUCUUGUCACUGUGGAAAAUGCAUCUGUUCUUCCCAGGAAUGGUACAUUUCAGGGGAAUUCUGUGAAUGUGACGACAGAGACUGUGACAAGCAUGAUGGCCUCAUUUGCACAGGCAAUGGAAUAUGUAGCUGUGGAAACUGUGAAUGCUGGGAUGGAUGGAAUGGAAAUGCUUGUGAAAUCUGGCUUGGGGCAGAAUAUCCUUAACAAUUACAUGACAAAGGACCAACUUCUCAUUUUUUUUAGGCCAUUAGAACACAUAAAUGCACAGCAAACAGUAUAUAAUCACCACUAGGGCUACUCAAGCAGACUAUUGUAUGUUUUUUUUUUUUCCUAUUUCUGAAUGCCUGAGUAAAAUCUGGGUCCCCAUUAAAAUGAGUCUAAGCAGUUUGUGAUGGGAACAGCACAAGAAAGGGAUUUCUUACGUAAUUUCCAUGGUUGUCACUUCUGUACAUCUUUACACAAUGAAAACCACAUUAAGCCAAAUAAGGCAGAGACCUCGGCUAUGAAACUGCAAAGAUAUCGAUCACAGGCUAUAUCGUGUCUCAGUCUGAACCUCUACAUGUGUAUGAUAGAAAAGUCAAUGCCAUGGAACAUGGAACUGCGGCACGUGUACACAGUGACUACAGAAUGCAGUCAAUCCCUUUCAAAAAUUGGUCACUUUCCACAUUAAAGAACCAUUAAGUUUUUUGUUUAAUUUUCACAUUACAGAACUCAAAAUUGAUGUAAAAGAAGAAACCCUUAAGAUGCAGAAAGCAAUUAAGAAAAAUGUACAAUUUCAAAUUUUAAUAAACAAUGUCAUGAUGUGAUUGUA